AUGGCUGCACCUGCCAGAAUUCUCAGCAGAUUAUUUGCUGAUGGUAUUAAAGUUGGACAAGCAGUGAGAUUUAACAGUUACGAAGCGACCAGAUGGAACCUUAAGUUAAAUGCCAACAGCAAAGUUAUUUGCCAAGGGUUCACUGGCAAACAGGGUACCUUUCAUAGUAAACAAGCCAUUGAGUAUGGAACUAAAGUGGUUGGAGGUGUAUCCCCUGGAAAGGGAGGCAAAACACAUCUCGACCUUCCAGUCUUCAACACUGUCCAAGAGGCUCGUGCAGCUACUGGUUGCGACGCAACUGUGAUUUACGUGCCACCUCCUGGCGCAGCUGCCGCCAUUUUGGAAGCUAUCGAAGCUGAGGUUCCAUUGAUUGUGUGUAUUACUGAAGGUAUUCCUCAACAUGACAUGGUUAGAGUAAAGCACAGGCUUUUGCGUCAAUCGAAGUCGCGAUUGAUUGGUCCAAAUUGCCCUGGGAUUAUCGCCCCCGAACAAUGCAAAAUCGGCAUUAUGCCCGGACAUAUUCACCAAAAAGGUAUCGUCGGUGUCGUUUCAAGAUCGGGAACGUUGACUUACGAAGCUGUUCACCAGACCACCCAAGUCGGCUUGGGCCAAACUCUCUGCGUAGGUAUCGGAGGCGAUCCUUUCAACGGUACCGAUUUCAUCGAUUGCUUGGAGGUGUUCUUGAAAGACCCAGAAACCAAAGGCAUCAUUCUUAUCGGCGAAAUCGGAGGUGUAGCCGAGGAACAGGCGGCCGAAUACCUGACUCAACACAACUCCGGCGCCAACGCUAAGCCGGUGGUGUCAUUUAUCGCCGGCCUCUCGGCUCCCCCCGGCAGGCGCAUGGGACACGCUGGUGCCAUUAUUUCCGGGGGAAAGGGAGGCGCGCAAGACAAAAUUAACGCCUUGGAAAAGGCCGGCGUUAUCGUAACGAAAUCCCCCGCUCAAAUGGGCACCGAGUUAGUCAAGGAAAUGCGUCGUUUGGGACUGGCAUAA